AGUAUUCAAGAAGUCGAGCCCCAACUGUAAGGUGACGGUGUACCUGGGAAAGAGAGACUUCGUGGAUCACCUGGACCACGUCGACGCUGUAGAUGGCGUGAUCCUCGUGGACCCGGAGUACCUGAAGGACAGGAAAGUCUUCGUCACGCUCACCUGUGCGUUUCGUUACGGCCGUGAAGAUCUGGAUGUUCUCGGUCUGUCGUUCAGGAAGGAUCUCUACAUCUCCACCUUUCAGGCGUUUCCCCCGGUGCCGGAGGAGAAGAAACCGAACAGCCGGCUGCAGGAGCGUCUGCUGAAGAAACUCGGGCAGCAUGCUCAUCCCUUUUACUUCACUAUCCCUCAGAACCUCCCAUGUUCAGUCACUUUACAGCCCGGCCCAGAGGACACUGGCAAGGCCUGCGGCGUCGACUUUGAGAUCAGAGCUUUCUGCGCCAAGUCAAUAGAAGAAAAGAUCCACAAGAGGAACUCGGUGCGUCUGGUGAUCAGGAAGGUUCAGUACGCUCCAGAGAAGCCUGGCCCUCAGCCGAUGGUGGAGACGACCCGCAGCUUCCUGAUGUCGGACAGAUCCCUGCACCUGGAGGCCUCUCUGGACAAGGAGCUUUACUACCACGGAGAGCCAAUCAGCGUCAACGUCCACGUCACCAACAACUCCACCAAGACCGUGAAGAGAGUCAAAAUAUCAGUGCGUCAGUACGCAGAUAUCUGUCUGUUCAGUACUGCUCAGUAUAAAUGUCCAGUGGCCCAGCUGGAGGCAGAUGACCAGGUGUCGUCCAGCUCCACCUUCUGUAAGGUCUACACUCUGACCCCAACGCUCGACAAGAACCGAGAGAAGAGAGGACUCGCUCUGGACGGGAAACUCAAACACGAAGACACCAACCUGGCCUCCUCCACCAUUGUGAAAGACAUCACCAACAAGGAGGUUUUGGGGAUCCUGGUUUCCUACAGAGUCAAAGUGAAGCUGGUGAUCUCACGUGGAGGGCUGCUGAGAGGCAUGUUGGACAGAGACGUUUCAGUGGAGCUGCCGUUCAUCUUAAUGCAUCCCAAACCUGUGGAGCCGCCGCUGUCCCGCCCGCAGUCAGCGGUGCCAGAGAUGGACCCCCCCAUCGACACCAACUUGAUAGAGUUCGACACAAACAGCAUCUCCCAGGACGACGACUUCGUCUUCGAAGAUUUCGCCCGCCUGCGACUCAAAGGCGCCGUCGAUGACAAAGACGAGGACUGCUAGGAACUGCUUCACACACACACACACACACACACACAUACACACACACACACACACACACACACCCACACACACUGUUCAUAUUACAUUCCCCGGUGGAGGAUGAGUGGACGGAGGUCGCCGGUGUUCUUCCCCUCAUCUCGUCACGCCGCUGCCAUUUUUGUCGCCGUCACUCUCUCUCUCGUUCUGCUGAAGGUUUGACAAACUGCUGCCGGACAGACCGUGUUGUUGCCGGGCGGAUCUGAGCUCUGACACGUGAAGAAGAAAAGGAAGAAGAAGAAGAAGAAGAAGAAGAGGAAGAAGAAGAAGAAGAAGAAGGAAAAAACACGUGUGUAGGGAGCUGCAGCGCUCGUAUGCUUUUAUUUUGAAAAUCCUUUUUCGAAUGUCGAUCACCGUCUUGUACAAACAGAAUAUAUAUUUGAAACAUAGAAAGAAAAAAAAAAAUCUUCUACGAGCAUUUGAUCUGUGUUCAGUGGUGAUCGCCGCUUUGUCUUCAAGAUAACACUGCGAGGGGAACACACACACACACACACACGGACAGGUCAGAUUUCACCAGCAUCUACUCUCAUCACCCUGUCGUCCAUUUUGUACAAAAUGUUUGUUCUGUCAACCGUUUCUUUUUAUUUUAUUUUGAAAGAACCAUUCCAGCGUCGACAGAGUUUCCUGGUUUUAUUUUGAAAAUCCAUUGUUAUUUUGGAUUUCAGGUUCACUUUAAGUUCAGGAGUUCAUGACAAAUUGGUGUUAAGGAAAAUGCAAUUGUAUAUUAACAACAAAUUUAACAUUUUAACACAUUUUAAGUUAGUUAAUUUUUUGGACUUUAUUCUGAAUUUCAAAAUAAAUGUUAAUUAACUCAAAAUCACAUGAAAAAUAAAUACAAAAGUUCCAGUUAUUUCAAAAAAUAUUUCAGAAAUGUUAUUUCCAGCAAACGUUUACAAAACAGGAGGAAAUUGUACUUUUGUUGAAUUAAAAUAAAAUAUGAACAUUAUUACCUUCACCGUGAUGGAAGGAUAGACAAAAGAAAUCAAGGAUUAACUCAGAAAAAUGUGUAAUGGAAAAAUGUAUAAAAAAUACACGAUUGUUAAAAAAUUACAAAAUAAAGUUGUUUUUUACACGAAAUUUUAAAUAUUUUCAAAAUAAAACCAGAAAAAAUAUCAAUCUUUAUAAAAUAAAUGUUCAUUGUGAAAGAUUUAGUUCAAAUAAUUCCCGUUCAUAAAAGUGAGGGACCCUUUUCUCAACAAUUUGCUUCAUUUAAAAAAAGAAAAUAUAGACUUUUAUUUUGAAGGGUUAAAGAGGACUCUGACGCUGGAAUCGUUGUUAAUUUUUCGGUAAAACAAAAUUAUGAGUUGUUUUUUUACCUUCAGCAGGUGCACACUGAUCUAGUUUAAUUAAAUCAACUCAGUGUUAUUACGCCUGAAGAAGAAAUGGAAAAGUGAGUCGCUCUAAUCUCAGUUUUUUUAGUCAUGAAGCGCCAAAAAACUGAGAAUUACCGAUCUGGCUGCGGAGGACCGAAGCUGCCAAAAUACAAAGUAAAUUAAAGAUUUGAUAAAUGUAAUAUUCUUAAAAACAUUUAUAAAAAUAACAUUGAAAAAUCCAGGCAUUAAUUAAGAGAGAACAUUUUUAUUUAAAUGUCGUCAUAAUUUAUUACUCAUUUGUUUACUUUUACAUGCAUUCAUAUUAACGUUUAUUUAUGUGUUGAUGUCCAUUUAUUCUGUAAGGGGAUAAAAAUCCAUCUUCUUCCUCUCCCUCUUCUUCCUCUCCCUCUUCUUCCUCCCCCUCCCUCCUCUUCCUCUCCCUCCUCUUCCUCCUCCCUUGGGGGAAAUUGCAAAGGGGAUAAUAAUACAGACAAAAUUAAAUACUUAAAAAGGGAAAUAAAUUCAAUGUAAAAGUGAAUAAAAAUAAUUAAAUUAAAAACAGGAAUAAACAUUUUCGACUUGAUAAUUAAUGCAUUAUUUUUGUUUUAUUUAAUGGUAUUUUAAUAUAUUUAUCAAAUCAUUAGAUAUUUAUUUGGCAGCUUUUUUCCUCCGUACUUUUCUACCGUUGUAUUGACCUAAUCCGACCGACCUGUCCCGGCUGCUUAAAGGGAAACACUGCUGUUAUAAUGUAGGAGUCCUCUCUCUCUAAUUGACCCGAAUGCACUUUGAUUAGAAAUAUGUUUAGGGUUUAUUUACGCGCCGUGCCUUCCGCCUCUGUUGCCAACACGUUUCCUCUCAAUGCCACUUGCCAUUUGCAGGACGCUCCUGCAAGUCCGACAAGAUGCCAACUAUCACAUAUAUGUAAUUAUAAAUAAAUACUAUUGUUCAUCACCUUUCCAUCGAGUAACACUGUUAUAUAAAUCUAAUUACUCCGAUUAAAACGUUAAAUAAAGAAGUGGAAACUGUUUAAAGAAAUAUAUUGACAGGAUUUUCUUGGACACAUACUGUAGAUUUAAAAUGACUUUGUGAUAAUUUGGUUACAUUUUGCCCCGAGAGAUCCGUCUCUUAUGAGUGACAUUACAACAAAAUGAUUGGGUGAAUUGCAUUGCAACGUUAUAGCUUAAGUGGUUAAAUUAGGACUUUAGAAAAUGUUGAAAAAAAACAUUUGAUUUCAAGCUCCAUUUCUAGCUGUUUUAUUGUCAGAAAUGUGACGUAAAUAAAGACUUGUCCCGUAAACGACGACAAAAUCCUAUAAAAAUUA